GAAGCUCGGGAGAAAUGGAAGAAAGUGAACCCCCCAAAUUUCCGGCGUUUCCAUAUGAGCCCUAUUCGAUUCAGAUUGAUUUCAUGAAAGCCCUUUAUCGCUCUCUCAAUACGGGUGGUGUUUCUAUGCUCGAAAGCCCCACUGGGACUGGCAAAACUCUGAGUAUAAUUUGCAGUGCUCUGCAAUGGCUUGUUGACAGGAAGCAACAACUCAAAUCUGAAGCCAAUCAGACUCAAACACCUGGAGGUGGAACUGGUUCAGAUGAUGAACCCGACUGGAUGAAAAAUUUUGUCGCAAACAAAGAUCCUGCAGUGGAGGACAAGAUGAAGAAGAAGCUAAGGUUUGGAAAGGAGAAACCAGAUAAGGGAAGAAAUCAAGGAAGUUGCAGAAACCUGUUAUCACCUAAUCUUAUAGAGGAAGGUAUUCAUGAGAAGAAAGAUAGUGAGAAUCUGGGGGAAAUUAAUGGGGUGAAAUUGAAUGAUGAAGAGUUCUUGGUGGAAGACUAUGAAAGCGAAGAGGAAGAGGGUGUUGGUGUAGGGAAAUCAAAGAGGAAGGCUGGUGGGGUUUCUAUAAAUUCAUCAAGUGAUGAGGAAGAGGAAGAUGACAACGAGGAGGAUGGAGAGGGAUUGAAGAUUUAUUUCUGUAGUCGGACCCACUCACAACUGUCGCAGUUUGUGAAGGAGUUAAGAAAGACUAUUUUUGGUAAUGAGAUGAAGGUUGUAUGUUUGGGCUCUAGGAAAAUUUCCUGCAUCAAUGAAGAGGUUUUGAAGCUGGGAAACUCUACUCGUAUCAACGAACGGUGUUUGGAGCUUCAACAGAACAAGAAAAAAGAAGUUUCCAAACUUAAGAACUUGGGUUCAGAAGGAAGAAUACGUAGGACCAAGGCUUCUUCUGGAUGCCCAAUGCUUAGAAAUCACAAAUUACAAAAGCAAUUUAGGAGUGAGAUUUCACAACAAGGAGCUUUGGAUAUUGAAGACCUUGUGCACCUUGGAAGAAGGAUGGGAACUUGUCCAUAUUAUGGCUCCCGAAGCAUCAUCCCAGCAGCUGAUCUUGUGGUUCUUCCAUAUCAGUCUCUUCUAUCAAAAUCAUCCCGCGAAUCACUUGGUCUGAAUUUGAAGAAUAACAUUGUUAUAAUAGACGAAGCUCACAAUCUAGCCGAUUCUCUCAUUAGCAUGUAUGAUGCAAAAAUCACUUCGUUACAGUUGGAGCAUGUGCAUUCUCAUAUAAAGCAGUAUCUGCAAAGAUUUCGCAAUUUUUUAGGACCUGGCAAUCGAAGAUAUAUCCAAACAUUAUUAGUCGUUGCCAGGGCUUUUCUUCAAAUUCUUCUUAAUGGUAAGGAUACAAGUUUGGUUGACCCUGGCCAUGAUGCUGAAAAAGCUUUUGGAGCGAAAAGUGCCUCUGAUUCUUCUAUGGCCAUUAAUGAUUUGUUCUCUCUCAAUAUUGAUAACAUCAACUUGGUCAAAUUGCUACAUUAUGUAAAGGAAAGCAAUAUCAUCCACAAGGUAAGUGGUUAUGGAGAUAAAGUGGCUAACUUGCAAAAAGGUUCAGCCCUUAAUGAUGGUGGAGAAAGUAAUGAGGAGGGAAGUACUUUGUCUGGAUUUCGGGCAUUUGUUGAUAUGUUGCAGUCACUAACAAAUAAUGAUGGUGAUGGAAAGAUAAUAAUCUCAAGGGCAAAACAAGCAUGUUCUGGACAACAAGGAGGAUAUCUAAAAUAUGUUAUGCUCACAGGGGAGAAGAUUUUUUCUGAGAUUGUGGAUCAAGCACAAGCUGUCAUACUGGCAGGAGGAACCCUGCAACCAAUUGAGGAGACAAGGGAGCGACUAUUCCCACGGUUAACAUCUGAUCAGUUCCAUUUCUUUUCGUGCAGUCACAUUAUCCCUCCUGAGAGUAUUUUGCCUGUUGCUCUUUCUCAUGGCCCUGGCCAGUCAUUUGAUUUUAGUUACAGCUCCAGAAGCUCAUCAAUCAUGAUAGAGGAGCUAGGACUCUUGCUUUGCAAUUUGGUGACAGUGGUUCCUGAAGGAAUUGUUGUGUUCUUCUCUUCAUUUGAUUAUGAAGGACAGGUCUAUGACGCAUGGAAGGCUUCAGGCAUCCUUGAGAGGAUUAUGAAGAAGAAGUGUGUAUUUAGAGAGCAGAAAAACACAGAUGUGGAAUUUGUUCUUAAGGAAUACAAGGAAGCAAUUGAUAAAUCAUCUGACAGGAAUCAGAAAGAAGAUCCAGUGCCUCAGAAUGGUGCUAUACUCCUAGCUGUAGUCGGUGGGAAGAUAUCAGAAGGUAUCAACUUCAGCGAUGGGAUGGGUCGAUGCAUUGUCAUGGUUGGACUGCCCUACCCUAGUCCAUCUGACAUUGAGUUGUUGGAGAGGGUGAAGUAUAUUGAAGGCCUGGGAGUCUCAAUCUCCAGCCGAUCAACAAAGUUUUCAGUUGGUAAUGAAUAUUACAGUGGAGAUGUCCAAGUUGGGUUCGACAUCCUACGAAGUUGCAAGCAUAGAGGAAAAGAAUAUUAUGAAAACCUUUGCAUGAAAGCUGUAAAUCAAUCAAUUGGUAGAGCAAUUCGGCACAUCAAUGACUAUGCUGCAAUUUUGUUGGUUGAUGCACGAUAUGCAUCCGAUCCUUUGAAAAGAAGUUUCUCUCACCCAACUAACAAGCUCCCACAGUGGAUAAAAGAUCAUCUUGUACCGGUAACUGGUAAAUAUGGAGAAGCACACAGGCUGCUGCACCAGUUCUUCAAAUUCAACAAGAAGAGAGGGUGUCAGUAAGAAGCCUUACUAGAGCAGUUGCUGGAUUACAUAAGAAUACACAGUACCAAACCUUACAAAGCUAUGUAUAUAUUGGCCGUAUUUGAAGCUAAAACAUGUUCAAAUGAAGCAUUGUAGCGUGAUGGAGACUGGACAUGGAUUCAAAAUUAAAUUGUAUACUUACAGAGGAUAAAUAGAAUUCUUAUAGCUGAAACACACCCCCCCCAACCAAAUGUUGGGGCCUAAGGCUUGGUUGAGUUUUAUGUGUACUUCCAUAAGAUCUAUAUUUGUAUAUGUAACCUUUAAUUUUCAAGUUCUUUUACUGGUUGAAAUGACAGUCAGAUAUUUGAGUU